GACUGUUUGGCGUUAUUGUGUCUUAUUAGGAUCCAAAGCUUUUGCCAAACAACGCCUGCCAACAAUGUUUCCCACAGACGCUGAGACUCCGCGUUCAAGUUCUCGGCUGUGGAAUGGAGCUGGCAAUCCUCUAGGUCUCCCUACGAGAAUCACUAAUUGCUAUUUGAACGAUGUGUACACCACUAUCUGAAAGUUUUUGAUGCAUCUGACCUACCAGACUGGGAAUAUAGCACGUAGAUCGCCUCGCAACUGACCCGGGCCACUGUCAAUCCUAUGGAAUCCAUUCAGGUGGCGCUUUCCAGUCAUACCUGCACCGCUGGCGGAGCCGUCUCCGGCGAACAAGAACAAAUUGAAGAGGUCCACGUCAAGUUCAGAGGAUCUGUAUACACAUUCAUCAGCCCCGCCCGAACAGAUUUGAACGAAACGCGGGAAAUUGAUAUCGUCCGCGACCAAGUGUCCGUUUGGUCCAGGGGAUCGGCUUAUCCUCCGCCGGACUCACACAACCUCAGCAUCCCAUUCGUGUUCAAUGUCUCGAGUAACAUCCCACCUUCAUACGAGUCCACUGCGCUAGAGUGUCGCGCGGUUGUACGCUAUGGUGUAGAAGCAGUCGGUGUCCGCCCGGGAGCGCUGCGCUUGAACAGGCGUGUGUUUAUCCCCGUCAUUGGGCUGCCUGCGGAUGCCCCCGGUGCUCCACUGAGAGCUAUACUACAGUCCGGCUGGACAGGGGCGUGGAACGCGGAGAUCAAGCACAAGCAAGUCCGACCAGGCUUCUGGGGAGAGCAUGCUGAUGUCUCCGUGGAAUUCAAGUAUCCUGCCGUGAAGACAAUGGUACUAUUUGCGGCUGUGCCUUUCACUCUGACUGUUGUCACUACGAGCAAAUCGUGUAAAAGAACACCCGAAAAGAAGCCAAUGUGGCCCGCGCCUCCAGAUAAACCUGAGGAUGUCCGCGUGGAACUGAGGCGUACGGCAUAUGUGCGCACGAGCCAUCUCACGUGGACACAGAACGAUCGUCUUUCCUUACUGGGAAAUCUGGGGGAGGCGGGAAAGGGCAAGGACGUCCAAACUGUGCUUGCCGAGAAGGAAUGGUUGCCCAUCAAUGGGAUGGACUUGAAAGGCAAAUGGAGACAGCGCACGUCAUUCUCAUCCACAUUCAGCCUCUCGUGCCCUCCGUCUUUCCAUUUUCCCACUCUCAGCGUCGAAGUGCGUGUCUCGUCGCCACUUAUCAGUCAUCACGUAUUCACAAGAGGUUUAUCUCAGUACAAUAUCACUGUUGUUGUCCCCUUAAGCGGGUUGAACAACACUGUACGGCUCGACAUUCCUAUCACAGUGUCUUCUGGCAUGGUUCCCAGACCCACUGUCGACGUUCCAGACUACACUGCCCCACCUCCUGGUGCACCGCCGGAUGAUGCGGACUAUCUGGCCCCUCCGCCUACCCUUGACUUGCCCCCGUCGUAUUGGAACGCCGCGGAGUGACACCAACGACUGUUCGCUCAUGAUCAUAUUCACAUUUCACUACAAGGUCGGACGCUGGUAUCUGGUAUGAUAUCUAGAUGGUCUCGCAAGCUAUUCAGAAGUUCGGGCAUUUUGUCUCGAUAUGUCACGACCUGCCUAACGACUCGCGACAAGCUAUGGUGUGUCUGUCGGUGAACGGUCAUAGUCUUGACAUUUAAGGUGUCGUGCAUGUGUCUGUGAAUCAUCGACCUUCGCUAGAAUGCAUCGCAGUCAACUCAAUAGUG